AUGACUCCUCCGAAGUACAAAAUCCAAUUAGAAAAGCCAAUCCCACCACCACCUCCACCACCACCAGUAUAUAAUGGUCGUGGACCUUCUACAACAUUUAAUAUGCCUCAAGCUCCAGUUGCAAAUCCAAAUAAUCAGCAUUUUCAAUAUAAUAUGACAAUUCCUGAAUUAUUACCACCACCACCUGGAGCUCAACCACCACCAGUUCCUGGAGGUUUGCUUCCUCCUGAUAAAUCCAAUCAAAAUGUUCCACCAUCACCACUUGAAAAAUUAUUAUCCUCUGGUAUUCCAGGUGGUGCUGAUGCACAACUUGGACAGGAUGCUAUCCAUGAUGCACACAAAUUUACUGAUAUAUUUGGAAGCCAAUUUAUCCCAGAUACGGCAAUGAUGAAUUCUAUUUCAGUUUUGAUGAACAACAAAGGCGAUAAAAAGGCCAAAUUUAAUUUCAAUCCAGGAAUGUUCCAGAGUCCUGAUGCGUUUAUGGUAAUGCCUCCACCAGCUCCUCAAAAAGAACUCAACUUAAAGGCAAACGCAGCACUUUCGUUUACUCCAGAAGCAUCGAUUACAUUUUCUCGUGCUGUAUACCCAACAAUCCAAGCUUGCAUUGAUGCAGCACCAAACAAAUCAUACAUUUAUAUUCCUACCGGAAUUUAUCCAGAAAGACUCAAAAUAAACAAGAAAGUUGCCUUAGAGGGAACAGGAAGUAUAUCGAUAUGCGGUGCCGAUAUAACAGAUAACUGCUCUUUACAUAAAAUUACUUUUCAAUGCGACAACCAUGGCAAAGGAGGUGAUGUAAACAUAACGAAUCACGCAAUUGUAUCAUUUUCUAAUGUAUCUUUCUUUACAAAUGAAACCAACGCCCUUGCAAUUAAGGAAGAUUCGAUUGUUACUCUUGCUGACUGUAAGAUUACAUCAUUGAUGCUUCCAUGCGUCUUUGUUAAUGCACAAUCCUCCAUUCUCGCCACAAAUUCUAACUUCGAAGGCUCUCAAACAUACGGCAUUCUUUUGGCAGAUGAAUCCUCAGCACAUAUAGAGAAUUGCAUCCUCAAAAGGAACGGUAAAGCAGCUAUCUGCACUACAGGAACAUCGACAGUUACAAUUGUAGGAUCACAAAUCGAGUUUAAUAACGAUGCCAUAGAAAUCAACGAAACAGGCCAAGUAAACAUCAACAAUUCAUCGAUAUCUCUUAACCAAGAUUACGGUAUUAUCAUCAAAUGCCGCUCAUUCGUUCAAGUCAAGAAUUGUAAUUUUGAUUCCAACAAAGAAGGAUCAGUUUUAGCCUACAACAACGGUAUAUUCUUCAGUUUUGACAGUUUAUUCAAAGGAUCCCCCGACAAACCAAUCAUUUACUUAGCAGGAGGAGCGCAAAUGAGCUCAUCCGGAGACAACUUCUCAGGAAAGUGUCUCGGCGCUAUUGCAUCAGCCUCAAAGUCCGAAAUCUACUGCGAGAACUCCAGUUUCAGCAUGCAAGGAUCCGGAAUUAUCGCAAAUCAGUCCACAAUCACCUUACAAGACAUAUCAUGUUCAGCAACAGUUAUGGCCGUCCAAGUUGCCAGCUCUUUCAUCGAAGUGAAGAACUCGAAAUUCGCAUCUGACCAAACAACAUUUUCAUUGGCCGGAAUCAGAGGAACAGUUAUCAACUGUGAUUUCACGGGAAAGAGCAUUGGCGCAGCGAUAAACAACGUUGAAUUGCGAUUUGUCAAUUGUUCGUUCAUUGGCUAUAAUCAAGCUGUUUCUGUUGCAGUUGGAAAACCAUUGUUCGACCAAUGUUCAUUCAAAACAAACCAAACAGGAAUUGAAAACAACGAUGGAACAUUGUCGCUGACUAAUUGUGUUUUCGAACAUAACGGAACACACAUCAACCACAAGAACAACCAGAUGCAUGUUACUAAAUGCAAAUUCUUGUCUGCACAACAAUCCGCGUUUAUUCAGACAGGAGGAAAAGUUGCAAUUACAGAAACAGAGUUCAAAUCGAAUAAGACAGGUGUUGAUGCUUCAUCAUCAGAGAUAUUGAUUGAUUCAUGUACAUUCACAAGCAAUGGAAUGUUUGGUGUACAAGUUCGCGGAAAAUCAUCAUUAAUUAUAUCUAAAUCUAAGUUCACUGACCAUUUCAAGUCCCUUUUGUUGAUUGCUUCUCGCAGUGCAAUUAAUGACUGCACAUUCGAACAGGCAUCAUGCGGACACAUUGAGUUGAUGAGAUCUAAUGUCAACAUGGAUAAUUGCACAGUAUCUAACACUCCAUGCGGAUUCCAAGUCACAGAGUCAUCAAUGCUUUCUUUCGUUAAUUCAUCAGUGAAAUCAUGCGAGAAAGGACUUAACGUUAUUGGUCCUAAAUCAUCUGCAUCAGUUGUUAAUGUUAGAUUUUCACAGACAUUGACUCCUUUCUCAGGAGAUGUCCAGAGAAUCAAACAACAAAACUUAAUUGUUGAAUAA